UUCUUGGAAACCUCCCCUGCUACUUUACUUGGUAGUGGUUGACUUUGACGGAGAAGAAGACUUCGCUGCAAUUUCUCUAUUUAAUCUUCACACUCUCAAUCAUCUCAACGCAAAAAUCCCUUAUUACUUUCAUCUCAAAACCAUAUUCAACAUCCAUUUUGUUUUGGCUUUGAGAGUCUUUUUUCAGGAUUGAGAAAUUGAAAUUUCUGCAUUCUACUGAACUCUGCCAUACUGAUCCAGUAAACACAGGUAUUGGACUGUAGCUCGUGGCUCAAUUUUUUGACUGAUAGCUGAGAAAUAAGCAUAUUACGGGUUUUUUUCUAGAAGAGAUACAGGGUGUGAAAUGGCUGAUGCAAUUGUAGAAUUUCUCUUGGUGAACUUGAAGGAGCUUCUACUUUACCAUGUAGAUCUGAUUUCUGGAGUGAAGGAUCAAGUCGAGUCUCUUCAUAAGGAGCUUAGUUUGAUGAAAGCGUUUCUCAAGGACUCCAGGGAGAAACGUAAUGAAUCAGAAUAUGUUAGGGAGUCGGUUAGACAAAUCACCGCGGUUGCUUAUAAGGCUGAGGAUAUCAUCGACACAUUUGUUGUCAAUGAAGCAUCUAAAAAGAGGAGAGGAGUGAAAAAAAUGAUCCCUGGAUUUGGUAACAAAAAUCUCCUUAAUCUUGCGAAAGAUAUUGAAUCCAUAAAGACAACAGUGAAGGAGAUUUAUGAUAAGAAAAUGUGUGGAAUUGAAAGCCUACAAAAUGGAGAGCCUUCACGUAGAAGUGCGAGACAGAAAAGAGAGCCUUUUGUGGAGGAUGAAAAUGUUGUAGGCUUUGAUGAGGAGGCUAGAACCAUUAUUGAUCGCCUCACUGAAGGGUCAGAGCAGCUGGAAAUUGUCUCAGUUGUUGGCAUGGGUGGACUUGGUAAAACGACGUUGGCUAGAAAAGUUUAUUCUGAUCCCCGUAUUGAAUAUCACUUCUAUCUACGCGCAUGGACAUAUGUUUCUCAAGAAUACAGUAGAAGGGAAGUGUUUCUUGGCAUUUUAGAGUCUCUAAAUCUCAAUUUCGACCAAAUGUACAAAAUGAGUGAUGAAAAGUUGGCUGAGGAACUAUGCAAACAUUUGAGGAACAACAAAUAUCUCAUUGUCAUUGAUGAUGUGUGGACAAAAGAAGCUUGGGAUGAUCUUAGAAGAGCCUUCCCAAAAACUAAACUAGGGAGCAGGAUAUUGCUAACAAGCAGAAACACAGAGGUCGCUAAGCUUGCUGACCCUUAUAGUCAUCCUCAUCAUUUGCGUUUUCUGACUGAAGAAGAAAGUUGGGAGUUACUCUGCAGAAAGGUUUUUGGAAGAGGCAGCUGCCCUUCAGAGCUAGAGAACCUUGGAAAAAUAAUUGCCACGAAAUGUUGUGGACUUCCUCUUGCAAUUGUGGUUAUCUCUGGGCUUCUUAUAAAGAAAGAUAAAAAUCGUGAUUGGUGGAGGAAGGUUGCUGAAAGUGUUAGUUCGUAUGUUGCUAAAGACCCGAAGCAAUGCAUGGAUGUGCUGGCACUAAGUUACAGACACUUACCAGAGCACUUGAAAAUUUGCUUUCUCUAUUUUGGAGUUUUUCCUGAAGACUAUGAGAUCCCUGUUUGGAAAUUACUCAGAUUAUGGGCUGCAGAGGGAUUUAUACAAGAAACAGAACACGAAGAUUUAGAGGAUACUGCAGAAGAUUAUUUGGAGGAUCUUGUUGAUAGAAAUUUAGUCUUAGUGGGGAAGAGGAGGGCUAAUGGUCGAAUUAAGACUUGUCGCAUUCAUGAUAUGCUGCGUGAUUUGUGCCUGAGAGAAGGCAAGGAUGACAAGUUUUUGCAGGUGAUAAAAUCCUCUGAACAAAAUCCUUUUCUAUCCACCCCAUUCGAGAAUGACUGUCGUCGGCUUUGUAUCCAUUCAAAGAUUCUUGAAUUCAUUUCUUCAAAGCCUUCAUAUCCAUAUGUUCGCUCUUUCUUGUGUUUUGCUACAGAGGAAAUGGAUUUACCUCGGAGAGAUACGUCAUCCAUAUAUGAAGCCUUUGAAUUACUUAGAGUCUUGGAUCUUAGACCCAUCUGCUUUCCACUCUUCCCCAAAGAGUUAGAUCACCUGGUUCACUUGAGGUUUAUAGUCCUGUUUGGUCAAUUUAAAAAGAUCCCGUCACAAAUUUCUUCCCUUUGGAAUCUGCAAACACUCAUUGUUAGAACAACAUCUCGUGACCUCGACAUUGAAGCGAAUAUUUGGAAAAUGAAACAAUUUAGACAUCUUUAUGUAACUGGCUUAAGUCGCUUAAGUGGGCCUCUUGCUCAAACUCGAAGGGACAACGAAGAUCCUUUUGUGCGAAGUAAUAUUAAAACCAUUUCUACUAUUUUGCCUGAUAGCUGCACAGAGAAUGUAUUGGCAAGAACUCCCGGUCUGAAGAAGCUUGGAAUUCGCGGGAGGUUAGCUAAACUUAUGGAGAUAAGGGGAGGAUCAAGUUUGUUCGAUAAUCUUUCAAAAUUGGGCAAGCUUGAGACAUUGAAGCUACUAAAUGAUACAUAUCCUGAACCUCCUGCCCAUUGUGUAGUUCCAGGUCUUCCACAACAUUACAAGUUUCCACCAAAUUUGAAGAAACUAACUUUAUCUGAUACCUUGCUGGACUGGGGGCAUAUGUCGACGCUAGGAGUUCUGCCAAACCUUGAAGUGCUGAAAUUAAAAGACAAUGCUUUUGAGGGAAGUCACUGGAAGCCACUAGACGGGGGCUUUCGUCUGCUGAAGGUGUUGCAGAUUGGAAAGACUAAUUUGGUUCGUUGGGAUGCAUUAGGUCAUCACUUCCCGAAACUUCAAUCCGUGGUUCUUAAGCAUUGUACAAGUCUUGUGGCAAUUCCUUCUGGUUUAGGGGAAGUGUCUGUGCUCCAGAACAUGGAACUAUAUUGGCCCACUAAAACUGCUGUGGUUUCUGCCAGAGUAAUUCAUCAGCAAAAGCUACAAUUGCAGUCAAAGCAGCAACAAGUGAACAAUUUGUUUAAGCUUGUCAUCUAUCCGCCAGACUGCUAGCGACUGCUUACAUUACAGGUUGAGAUUGUAUCAGUACUCCUGAGGAUUUCGGGGUGGUAGCUUACGUGUGAAAGACUACGAGGUUUCAAUAUAUUUUCGUAUUCUGAAAAAACAAAAUGUCAUUAAUUGUUUUAAUGUGUUGUGUGGAAAAUUGUUGUGUGACGGAAAUUAAAUAUUUCCAACAAUUUUAGAAUUUAUUCUAUGCAUUGUAUUUUAUGAUAUUUAUUUGUAUGAAUGAAUUAAGGAUUUCCAACAAAAUUUGCUCAGAACACCUCUAACGUUGGUGUAUUUGCCUGUUCAAAUUGAGGCAUUCAAUUGACAGUA